AUGUCUUUCCUUGUGAUGGGCUUGUUUUCGCCAGGGCUGCGCGGAGCUAACCCAACGGGGGCACGGCCGAAGAAACCUUCCGGCGGUCGUACCAUAUUGUCUUGCCGAGGGACUCCUUCGAAGGCAUAUCAUCUUCCAUCGAAUGUUGGUUUGCACCUAACCGGGUCUGUCGCGGGACUUCGUGGGGGGCCCAUUGGAGAAGCUACCGCAGGAUCCGUGCUGUGGGAGCGUACGCCAAUGACUGCCAUCCAGAAGCGCAGUUUGUACUGGCCGCCUCCGCGCAGCGACCGGUCGAAACGAUUAACGCUCCCUUCGGGCAAAAAAUGCUUCGUGUUCAAUGCGAAGAGAGACCAAGAUGGAGAUCUCGAGCCGGUCGUAUGCUUCGUGGAUAGUCAAAACAACCUCCUGAUGUGGUUUAACGAGGAAGAGUUCUUGGAAUUCGAGAAGCUGGUGCCCCGUCUCGAGAGCUACUACGAACUCUGGGAGGAAAAAGCUGCGAACACUCGGACAAAGGAAACAAUUGCAGCAGAAGCAGCUAGUGAUAUUCCAAGCAUUGGCCUGGACGGCUGA